AUGCCCCAACUGGCUGUUGAUUGGAAGUCUCAUCACUCGCCCACUGCCUCCCGGAACCAAGGCCUGACCAACCUCAAUGACCAAUUCGACCAAGUUGAGUGUCUCACACCUCCCCGUCCCUCUCCCAGCCAAGGUCUGACGUUGUGUGUGUGUGUGGAGAUCGAGAAGGAGUACGAGUGGUCGGACAUGGAGUCCGAGGAGGGCUCGGAGGCCUCCAACGUCACCGCCACGCCCGGCCAGCAGGUGCAGGCCGACUUUGAGGAGAUCAUGGACGACUUCCUUGGCCGCCUCAAGGUCCUCGGCGGCAAGAUGAAGCCCGUCAUGGCCGGCAACUCCCCCCUUGAUAAGCUCGACACCCUCCGCUCCGAGCUCCUCGGCCCCGCCGCACAGCCCGACUGCCACCUCGAACACCGCGCCGUCAAGGAGCAGAUCCUUGCCAAACUCAAGGCCGACCAACGUGCCCACGACUCCCGGCUUGCAUUGCCCUCCCAGGCUGCCAUCAGGAUCAGGGACGCAAUCGGCGCCGCGGAGCGCAAGCCCCGGGACGAAGCCGUCGGGGCGCGCGUGGAGCCUGUGUGCGUGCAAGGAUUAGUGGCGCCACAACAAGAGCAGAUCACUAGCCGAAGCCUCGCCCCGCCGACCGCCGAUGAGGAAGCUCACGUGCCGGCGGAGAUUUUCUGA